AUGUCGUAAUAGUUUGUUCUUUUUCUUUGUCCCCGCGACUUGGCUCCUGGAAUCAUCCUUUCAGCUAACCGUAAAACUAAACCUUUCCUCUGUGUACCGAGUGAGCAGUGAGCUUUGAUUGAAUUGAAGCAAAUGCAAAAGCUUCAAUGGCGUGCUUAGUCUCCUUCACCUUUCUUCUUCCUUUCUCGACUUCAAAUGCUUUCUUCAAGGAGAUACAUUCAAAGAAUUCAGUUCUGAGCAGAGUUAGAGUUUUAGGCCAACCAACUUAUGGAACAGCCACAAAACGUUCUGAUUCUACCUUCAGCAGCAUAAUCGAAGGGAUAUCAUCUAUGAAUUGGAGUCUUAGGCAUCAUCCUUUGACACUCUUUAGACGUCAUUUGGAAUUAGUAUCUUGUCAUUUGAAUGUAGAUUCAUGUACCCAAAUGAUCAUAAUAUCUGGUUAUUGGGUGGGGCCUGAUUUUGAUGAUGGCUGGGGAUAUGUAGAAGCUUUUGUUAAUCCAAUUACUUAAUUCUUUUGGUGAUAUUUAGAUUUGUUAAUCUUUAACUGGACUCUUGGUUUCUGUCUCUUAUCUCAUUGGGUUACCAUUUGUGUU